UGCCAUAGCCGCAAAGUGGCUGCUGUGUUUUAUAAUCGAUACAGCAGCAUCACGCAGCCAUCCUGGGCCUUUCAGGGACCCCUGCUUUCCCCCAGCCAGGCUCUGAGAUAGGAAGCGAGUCUGGCUGAGAGAUAAUGGCUGCAGGAGUUAGAUUUUAUUUUUUUAAAAGAGUUUCUAACUACAUCAGCCCUGUUAUGGCUCUUGGUUUGCACAUUUUUAUUACUCUAGUUCUAUGUGUGUGAGGGGUGAGAAGGGCUGCACUCAACCCACAAUCAGUUCUUAUUCAAGUAGGGAUGCUGUUAAAGUCUGCAAUAAUUUCCAGGCUCUGGAUACGACUUCCAACAGCCCUUAGCGCUUCUCCUUCAGUCAGAGGCCUCCGCUUCUCUACUAAACCUACGCAAGAUGCAAUCCUUCCCUCCCUCUCUUUCUACAGUGCCUAGAAUGUUGCCACAUCAGCAACUCAGGUGUCGAAGACCCUGGGGGAUUUAUUUAUUUGUUCUGCUGCUUCUAGGCGAUUAGUUUUGUUUUCAGCUUGGACCAGGAGCAGUAUCACAUCCUUCUGCUAGCUGCAAGGAAGCAGGAAAGAAGAAGAAAAAACGCCUUGUCUGACGAACCGAAAGCAGGAAAGAUCUCAUUGGGCAGAGAAAGAUGGACAAGACCAGACAAGGAGAAGGCAGACAACUGAGGAUCAUCCUCGUUGGCAAGUCUGGAGGUGGGAAAAGUGCCACAGGGAACACCAUCCUGGGCCGGACGGUCUUUGAUUCCAGGUUUCAGUCAAAGACAACCACUAUCUUCUGCCAAGGCGGCUGCGGGACCUGGAAAGACUGGGGCGUUCUAGUGAUUGACACAGCAAAUUUUUUGGAUCCAGAAGACCUGGAAAGUGAAGGCCUGCACUGUAUUGCCCUCUGCAAGCCCGGCCCUCAUGUGCUGGUGUUCGUGACCCAGGUGGGCCGUUUCACUGCGGAAGACGAGGCGGCCGCCAAGCAAAUCCAGGAUGUCUUUGGGGUCGAGGCCAUCAGGCACAUGAUCGUCUUGUUCACUCGCAAAGAAGAUUUAGAAGGGGGCUCCUUGCAGGAUCAUGUGUGGGAUUCCGAUAACGAGUUUCUCCAGAAGCUGAUCCAGAGAUGCGGGAACCGCGUCUGCGCUUUCAAUAACAGGGCAACUGGAGCCGAACGGGACGGGCAGGUCUCUGAGCUGAUGGAAAUGGUCCAGAAAAUGGUGCAGGAGAAGGCAGGGAGGCAUUAUGGCAGCAGGCCUUACUGGGAUUCUUCCUUAAUGGAGGCAGCCCUUAGCUCCUUCAUGGUCAGAAAAAAGGAGAAGGAAUCCUUGCGCAGCUUUAGCUGGGGGAAAAUAUGUGGGAUCAUUGUGGUUGCUGCCUGCCUUGGGGUGUGUUUUGGGUAUCUGGCUUUUACGGAGCUGAGGAAUUAGAACCAGCGGGAGCAUUUUUUAAAGCCAAUUCACCUUCUUGUUAUAGGUAGCAAGAGAAGGACAAAUGAAUGACAUAAUAAACUAAUGAACAUA